ACUUCCGGCCUGUGGACACAAGGCUGAGGGGCGGGAUUUGGGCGUGAGAGUUUUCAGUUCCAGCAGUCAAAUUUUGCGGCUGUGGUGUAGAGGCGAGUAGGUCAAAACCAGCUAGUGACUAAGGAUGAGUCUUCAGUGGACUGCGGUUGCUACCUUCCUCUAUGCUGAGGUCUUUGCUGUGCUGCUGCUCUGCAUUCCUUUCAUUUCUCCCAAAAGAUGGCAGAAGAUCUUUAAGUCCCGCCUGGUACAACUGGUGGUGAGCUAUGGCAACACCUUCUUUGUGGUUCUCAUUGUUAUCCUGGUGCUGCUUCUCAUUGAUGCUGUGCGGGAGAUCAGGAAGUACGAUGACGUGACAGAGAAGGUGAACCUCCAGAAUAACCCUGGAGCCAUGGAACACUUCCACAUGAAGUUGUUCCGAGCCCAGAGGAACCUCCACAUCGCUGGCUUCUCUCUGCUGCUGUCUUUCCUGCUCAGACGCCUGGUGACCCUUAUCUCCCAGCAGGCCACACUGUUGGCCUCCAAUGAAGCCUUCAAAAAACAGGCUGAGGGUGCCAGCGAAGCCGCCAAGAAAUACAUAGAAGAAAAUGACAAGCUGAAGAAGGAAGCUGGCACCAAUGGUGGCAAAUUGGACCUGAACGAUGAUGUGCUAGUGGAGAACAAAAACCUAAAGGCUGAGCUCAAGAAACUCACGGAGGAGCUGGCCGUCAGCAAGCGGAACCUGGAGCGAGCAGAAAAUGAGGCCCUGGCCAUGCGCAAGCAGUCAGAAGGGCUGACCAAAGAGUAUGACCGCCUGCUGGAGGAGCAUACUCGCCUCCAGGCUGCGGUGGAUGGGCCGACAGACAAGAAAGAGGAGUGAGGGGUUGGCUGCCUUCCUCUUCCUCCUUCCUCCCCAUCACAAGCAGCUGCUUCUCUCUGGAAAGGGGAACGCAAGGAAUGCUCCCUGCCCCAUCCAGCCCUUACUUCCUUGGUCUUCCUUGGGCCUGUGCUGACUCAACUGCUUUUGCUUGACCAACUUUCACCACUGAACUCCCCCACCCAUGCUUGCCUUACCCUGAAUCUAGAGGACAAUUAGCAAUUAGAGAUGGGGCAGGGAGCUUGGGCCCCUUCUUAUUACCCCCCUUGCUCUCCGCCCCCUUCUACCUUCAUCUUCCAAAGGGGUUUGCUGUCUGAGUAGGGGCCACCAGAGUGACUGUUUUUUUUGUGGCAUCGUGUGUUCUCGUGUUCUCUCCAGUGUGGGACUUCUGGGCUUGGUUUGGUUCCCAGCUUCUCUUGGAGAAAUAAAGUUUGUUCAUCAAAGCAA